GACAGUCACACCCACCCAGAUACAUCUAUAAUGCCAAAUAAGCCCGUGAAAUUGCCAAACUUGCCGAUCCUCAAAGUUAAGAGUACCUCCUUCAAGCAGCCAGUCAGUCCAUGUAUCGUCAUGAUGUCCCAAUUGUUGAACUGUUGGGCAUCUAACGGAGACUCCGCAGCCGUGUGCAAGAAGUUGGAAAAGCUGUACAAAUCUUGUGUCGAUGCUCCACAGGUCAUGCAAAAGACUGACUCCACCAUUAACUACCAUGCCAGACGUUUGCUACCAAAGAUCAACAACCACAGAAAGAGCAAAUAGGCUGGUUAGUCCAUUCUCCCCUCAAUCCACAUUGUUUUCAAAUCUGCAUCGGGUCCCGACAAAGAGCUUCGUCCGUUCAAAGAACUCUCGGCGCCCUGCCGUGCAUACAGUCACGGUGGGUGCGAACUUCCCUCCAGCAUGCUCUGUCUGCUACACGUCCCCUUAUCUGCGCUUGUCGCAAUCCCUUUUUCUUAGUUGCUUGUUAUACCAGUCUUUUACCCGUUGAGUUACGUGUAUAUAGUCCCUCUCAAUGUUUCGUAAUGGUUACCUAUACCCCUUUGUGGUUGUCCUGUAAAGGUAGCAUAUUCUCCUUGACGACUGUGGUGGAAACGUAGGAGAGCUUCAGCCUUGAAACUAUCUUAAAAUUAAUAGAUAUACUAGAUAUUUCACAUCUGGAUGGGGGGCUAUUUAAAUGAGUGACCAAUAUAGGUGAAUCGGC